AUGCAUUUACUAGGACACAACUUACCGGACCACAAACCUCUCAAAAUCGCGCUCUUAACAUUCUAUGGUCUCUCUCACCCCCUCGCAUCCCGACUCCUCGCCCGACUCUCCAUCCACUCCGAAGCCCUCGUAUCAGAUUUGACCGAACCUCAACUCACCUCUCUAUCAGCUUACCUCUCUUCACCAUCUACAACAGCCAAAGUCCGUGAAACCCAGUCGAACAUCACCCUUUCUCCUCCAGGGGGUAAGCCACUGCCUAUACCAGGAAACAAAUCCAUCGUAGCCACCGCCCAGAACAAUAAGGGAAAGGCAAAAGAAAGGGAUGAUCCGCUAGAUGAGCUUAGACUGGAGACUGAAGCUAGGAGGGGGAUGCAGGCUGAUAUUGCGCAUUUGAGAAUGGUUGGAACGUAUAGGGGUAAGAGACACGCAGCAGGAUACCCUGUAAGAGGUCAACGGACUCAGACGAACGCUUCUACAGCCAAGAAGCAUAAUAGAGUAGAGAGAAGGGGCUUCGCUACAUAUUCAAUUAGACCAUCUUUCGGUAUUACGGAAAUACCUCAUCCUCCAUCUAGAAUAUUGAACGAGAUAGCGGUAUCUCGUUUUGUAUAG